AUGACCACACUCAGCUCGCAAUUCCAUUCCAAGCAGCACCUCCUCCUGCUGCUGCCAGUAAUCCUUGUAUUCAUCCUUGCAGACGCGGCUGAAGAGCAGCCGCUGAUACCACGUCCAGGCUGCAUCGACAAGUGCGGCGACAUCGACAUCCCCUUCCCGUUCGGCAUUGGCCCCGGCUGCUUCCGUGAGGGCUUCGAGGUCUUGUGCAACCACUCUCGCGUCUUCCCUGCUGGCAACAAAACAUAUACAGAACGGGGCUACUCCACCGGCCGGUCCGACGGCCCGGUCUACGUUCGCAUUUUGCCGCUCGAGCUGGUGAGCAUAUCGGUCGCCACGGGCGAGGCACGUGCCUACGGACCGAUCGCAUACGAGUGCGACUAUUUAUAUCAGGUGGACUCCUCCAGCAGGCUGGACAUAAAGAUGUUCGAUACACCGUUCGCGGUGUCUUCGACCCGAAAUGUUCUCAUCGGCGUCGGCAAGGGAGCCGCGGCUACAAUGUCUUACAAUAAAUUUGGUGCGCAAGCCGUAUCUUGCGAAUCUUAUUAUGAGGGUGAUGGCAAGAACGGGACAUGCACAGGACAGGGCUGCUGCGAGGGAACCGUCGCACCCAGCGUCAUUCCUUCUCAGUCUGUCUUUCUGGAAGCAACAUACUAUGGUGGAACCAGACCUCUGCCACCUACUCCAGGGAACAAGUGUAGCUACGGCAUGGUGGUGGAGAAGUCAUGGUACAACUUCUCUACGCCGGACAUGUAUGAUCACAAGACGCUACUCAAAAGGUUCCCCCUGGGCAUUCCCAUUGUGCUCGACUUCGCCAUCGGGAACGCUUCGUGUCCGGCAGAAGGACAGCCGCCCCCUCGGAACUACGCCUGCGUGAGCGACCACAGCUAUUGUGUCGACAAAACCCUUGGUUACAAAUACGAUAUCUAUCACUAUAUAUGCAAGUGCCUGAACUAUUACGCUGGCAACCCUUAUGUCCCUAAUGGAUGCCAAGACAUUGAUGAAUGCCAGCGCCCCGAUGUAUGUUCAAAUGGUGGGAUCUGCAAAAACAGGCUGGAAGGUUAUGACUGUCCUUGCAAAUUCGGAAUGAAAGACGACGGCAAAGGGGGGACCUGCAAAGACAUAUUCACUCCAGCUGCAAAAGCUUCUGUGGGUGCAAUAGGUGCUAUUCUUCUCAUGGUGAUUCUGUUAUUUCUUGUGAUUCUUCCAAGAGAGAAAAAGAAGAUGAAACAAUUGUACGUAAAGAACGGUGGUCUGACAUUAGAGAAGGCAAAUGUCAUUAAACUUUUCAAAAAGGAUGACCUCAAGCCAAUUUUACAGAGUAGCAACUUAAUCGGAAAAGGUGGCUUUGGUGAAGUUUACAAGGGUCUUCUUGAUAAUAAACUAGUUGCAGUAAAGAAGCCGAUCAAUGGAAGUGCCCUAGAGAGUGAACAAUUUACAAAUGAAGUCAUCAUCCAAUCUCAAGUCAUCCACAAGAACAUUGUUAAGCUCAUUGGUUGCUGCCUUGAAGUUGAUGCCCCCAUGCUGGUCUACGAGUUUAUCUCCCAAGGUAGCCUCCAUGACAUUCUUCACAAGAACAAUAACAAUGUGGUUCUUAGCUUGGAUACACGUUUGAAUAUUGCUGCGCAGUCUGCCGAUGGUCUAGCUUAUAUGCACUCAAAAGCAAAUAUUACAAUUCUACACGGUGAUGUCAAACCAGCAAAUAUACUUUUGGAUGAUAACUUUGUAGCAAAGAUUUCAGACUUUGGCAUAUCUAGGUUGCUUGCUAGAGACAAGCAACACACAGGAUCAGUCAUCGGUGACAUGAACUAUAUGGACCCGUUAUAUCUACAAGAAGGCCUUCUCACUGAGAAAAGUGAUGUGUACAGUUUCGGAGUUGUGAUCCUAGAGCUUAUUAGCACCAGAAGGGCCAUACAUUCUGAGAAUAAUGGCUUGAUAAAGAGUUUUCUUGAUGCCCAUAGGAAACAAAAAAAGGCGACCGAGCUUUUCGACAAGGAAAUGGCAAUAACACAAAAUUUGGAGCUCCUUGAUAUUCUAGCAAAUAUGGCCAUGGAAUGCCUUAGCCUUGAUGUGGAUCAAAGACCAACCAUGAUGGAGGUAGCUGAGCGGCUACAUAUACUGAGUCGAUCUCGUAAGGUGUAA